CCGGAAAGCGAGUGAUUCCCGAGUGAUUCAUCUCAAACACACACGAUCUUCGUUGCAACUCCAGCAGGCAACUCUGAGGCUCAAAACAAGAUACCUUCCUUUGGAGCUGGGCACACAGGAGGGAAGGGGAGAGCUUUACCCUGUUCUCCCUGGCCAGCCCUCAGGAAAGCGGCUAGCCAUGGAUGACAACUCCUCACUGGGCAAAGUCAGCAGCUCCACUGAGUCCGUGGCCACCGUCACUAGUGAGGAGUUUGUUCUGGUGCAGUCCAGCUCUGCAGGCUCACCGCAGGGCUCUGAGGGAAAACCGAGACUCAAGAUGUCUUGGAAUGGGAGUGAACAGCUGGAAAAAGCUAUGGAGGAGGUGUUGGAUGAUGAUGAUGAAGUGAAGGUGGAGAAGAGCAAUGUGGAAAAGAUGGAGAAGCACAAGGAACCAGAGAGCCGAGUCCUACAGACCCAGCCUGCAGAAGCAUGUCCACCACCACAAAGCCCAACGGUCCUGGAGGAGGACAGUGUGCAGUUCAACAAGCUGUCCUACCUGGGUUGCACCUGGGUCAAAGCCCCUCGUAAUGAGGCGGAGGCACAGAGGGCCAUGGCCACCCUGCGAGCUGAAAGUGCCAUCCCCAUCCCCAUCACGCUACAUGUCCCCUGUGGUCCUGAGGGCUCUGUCAGGAUUGUGGACCAGGCUACAGGCACAGAGAUCGCCUCCUUCCCGAUCUACAAGGUGCUGUUCUGUGCUCGAGGUCGAGAGGGCUCGGUGGAAAGUGACUGUUUUUCCUUCACCGAGAGUUACCGAAGCUCGGAGGACUUCCAGAUUCAUGUUUUCUCCUGCCACAUCAAGGAGGCUGUCAGUCGUAUCUUGUACAGCUUCUCUACGGCCUUUCGGCGUUCUUCACGACCAGCAGACAUCAGAGACACGACGCUGUCCAGUCCACCUGACGGUGAUCUCUAUACCUUCACUGUUACAUUGGAGAUCAAAGAGGAUGAUGGCAAAGGCAACUACAACCCCGUGCCUAAGGACAGAGAAAAGUUCUACUUCAAGCUGAGACAGUCCGUCCAAAAGAAGGUCGUGGUUUCAGUCCAACAGAUGUGUAACAAGGAGCUGGGCAUCGAGAGGUGUUUUGGGAUGCUGCUGAGUCCAGGACAGAAAGUCUGCAACAGUGACAUGCAUCUACUAGAGAUGGAAUCGAUGGGGAAGAGCUCUGACGGGAAGGCCUACAUUAUCACAGGAACUUGGAACCCCAACAUGGCAGCCUUUCAACCACUGAAUGAAGACACGCCUAAAGAUAAACAGGUCUUUAUGACGGUGGCGGUGGACCUGGUGGUGACCGAAGUGGUGGAGCCAGUUCGCUUCCUGUUGGAAACUGUAGUCAGGGUCUAUCCGUCAAACGAGCGCUUCUGGUACUUCAGCCGCAAGACCUUCAGUGAGACUUUCUACCUCAGACUCCGACAGCAGGCACCAGAGAGGGGGGGUCAGAGCGACGCUAUGUACGAGGUGGUGAGUCUCCAGAGGGAGAUGGAAAGAAGCAAUGAAGAAAAAGGACGCCUAGCAUCACCCACUGAGGAAGAGGAGGCAGAUGAAGAUAGCGACAGUGAAAUUUCCAGUGGAACCGGCGACGUUUCCAAAGACUGUCCUGAGAAAAUCCUCGAGUCCUGGGGAGGAAUCCUCAAUAGAUGGCAUGGGAACCUGUCCACUCGCCCGAAAGGUUUGUCCUCAUUGGUCCGCAGCGGCAUUCCUGAGCCACUCAGAGCUGAAGUCUGGCAGCUGCUGGCUGGUUGCCACGACAACCAUGACCUGCUUGAGCACUACCGCAUCCUCAUCACCAAGGACUCGGCACAGGAAAGUGUCAUCACCCGUGAUAUCCACCGCACUUUUCCUGCACACGACUACUUCAAAGACUCUGAUGGAGACGGACAGGACUCGCUGUACAAGAUCUGCAAGGCCUACUCGGUCUACGAUGAGGAAAUUGGUUACUGCCAGGGUCAGUCGUUCCUCGCUGCUGUUCUCCUCUUGCAUAUGCCCGAGGAGCAGGCCUUUUGUGUUUUGGUAAAAAUCAUGUAUGAAUAUGGCCUGAGAGCUCUCUACAAGAACAAUUUUGAAGAUCUUCACUGCAAGUUCUACCAACUGGAGAGGCUGAUGCAGGAACAACUUCCAGAUCUGUGGUCCCACUUCCAAAACCUAAACCUGGAGGCACACAUGUACGCCUCCCAGUGGUUCCUAACGCUCUUCACCGCCAAAUUCCCCCUGUGCAUGGUUUUUCACAUCACUGACCUGCUGCUCUGCGAGGGACUGAACAUCAUCUUCAAUGUAGCCCUCGCCCUGCUCAAGACGUCUAAAGAGGACCUGUUGCAGGCAGACUUCGAGGGGGCUCUCAAGUUUUUCAGAGUCCAGCUCCCCAAACGAUACAGAGCUGCAGAGAACGCCCGAAGGCUUAUGGAGCAGGCCUGCAACAUCAAGGUCCCGACCAAAAAGCUGAAGAAGUUUGAGAAGGAAUAUCAGACUCUGAGAGAGAGCCAGCUGCAACAAGAAGACCCCAUCGAACGAUACCAGAGGGAGAACCGUCGCCUUCAGGAGGCCAGCAUGCGACUUGAACAGGAGAACGAUGACCUGGCACACGAACUGGUCACCAGUAAAAUCGCCCUUCGGAAUGACCUUGACCAGGCAGAAGACAAGGCCGAUGUUCUGAACAAAGAGUUGCUGACCACCAAGCAACGUCUGGUGGAGACGGAGGAGGAGAAGAAACGACACGAGGAGGAGACGGCUCAGCUGAAGGAGGUGUUCAGGAGGGAGCUGGAAAAAGCAGAGCUGGAAAUCAAGAAAACCACAGCAAUCAUAGCUGAAUACAAACAGAUCUGCUCCCAGCUGAGCACCAGGCUAGAAAAACAACAGGCGGCAACAAAAGAGGAGCUGGACAUCGUCAGGAACAAAGUGAUGGGCUGUCAGAACUGCAGGGACCUGUUUAGCACAGUCGGGUCCCUCCAGACUUCGUCUCCUGGUGGUGACAGGACGUCUUCAGAGCCACACGACGAGGAGAAGGACGGACUGAAGGAGCAGCUGAGACAGCUGGAGCUGGAGCUGGCACAGACCAAACUACAGCUGGUGGAGGCAAAGUGCCGCAUUCAGGAGCUCGAGCAUCAGCGGGGAGUUCUGAUGACUGAGAUUCAAGCCAAUAAGAACUCUUGGUUCAGCAAGACUCUGGGGUCCCUGAAGAGCUCUGCGUCCUCUUCCUCCAGCUCCACAUCCCAGACCCCGUCCUCUCCGAAGGAAGGCACUGCCUAGAUCAAGCUCCCUCGCCCUCCCUCGCCCCUGCAGGAUGCACACUAGAGCUGAGGAACACAAGUUGAAGAAGCAAGAAGCGCAAAAAUGCAGUAUUCCUUUUUCAGUAGGCGGAAACAGGGAGCUUCCUGGACCGCAAAUAGCCAAAAACUGUGGGAAGAACCAGGCGGGGGCACUGAAUGAACCAUCUGCCUGAGUUUGAGGGAAAUAUGAACCUUCUCCACUUCACAGUGGAUCAGAGCAGACAGGCGAAGAAGUUCAGUGCUGGAACCUGGUUUGGGCUCUUCGCUCCACCUUGUGGCCAGAUGUCGCUAUUGCAGCAAUAUUGUGUGAAGUUUUCUGGUAGCGUGAAAGUAAACCCGAGUUCAACACCUGUGUUGUGAUCACAGGUAUCUUAUACGUUUAAUCCUCAGUGCAGAAAUAGCCCACACGUGCUCUGAGAAAGGAAUACUGCAUACAAAUGAGAAUAAUACGAAACUUGUAUUUCUUUAUAUUAAUGUAACGUAAACAAUGUUGUCUUAUAAAUAUGUAUAACUGAUUAGUAAUUUUUUUUAAUAAUCUUGUACAGAAAAAACACACGAGGAAAAGUUCUUAAAUUUCUUUUCUACUCUUUGGAAAUUGAAUGUCAUCUCUUUAGAUGUUGAGGUAAGCACAGUGUGUGAUCGAUGUGGUGGAGUCCAAACGCUGACGGGCCAAAGUGACAGCCGCCAGUUUCUGUUUCCCCUCUAACUCUGUUUUUAUAGUCAUGACUUUGUGAUCUUUUUUGGUUUUAAUUUCUAAAUCGUUUUAUUUUCUCGUGUUUGCAGAUAAAGGCUUUUUUUUAGAUCUCUCUGAUGGUGACAGGAGUGGCCUCUAAUUCAGUUAUUUUAUAAAUAUAAAACUGAUAAUACGACGUGUUUGAGACGUAUUAGUUUCAUGUUUUUAGCUUUGUUGAGCUCCUUGUUUUUAGCUGGAGAUGUCACAGGCUGCGUUCUUCUUAUGAAAAUCUAUAACCUCAAACAUUAAUAAGUAGGAUUAAUGCAUACUUACUGCAGUAUUGCUCCACUACUGUUAAAUAGACCAGUUGCACAAAGGUGCCAACGCCCUCGUCCUUACACAACAUCAUCGCCAUGUUGAUCCUUUAGUCCAUAAAUGAGUGUUGGCUCUGACGCUCAGUGGUAACGCUCCACUAUGAGCCGCUCACUUAUGUUUAAAUACAGUCACGUGCGUCUACUUUAUGAGACAACAGCAGAUGGCGCCAAAUUCAAACAAGCUGCUUUUUUGACUUCAGAGGACAGAAAUAAAAAUUGUUAGAAAUUAGCCAAAAUAAAAUGUUCUGUUUUGCGUGUUGGUGCUCGUUUAACAGAUAUAAGCUGCAGUGUGGUGCCAACUCCCCUGCUUUACUCUUUGGUUGACACUAACAUCAGCCUUUGGACUCGGACCAAUCCCACGUGUACUUUAUGUGUGUGAAUGUGUGUGUUCUGCACUGUUAUUCAAGUGGUUCAAGUUGAUGUUCCUCGUUCACGUGGCUGCCUUUUCUGUUAAUGACUGAAGCGAUCGACUGUUUGACUGUCUGAGAGCGUCAGCUGUGCCAUAAGAGCCUCUCCUCUGCUCCUUCUUGUAGUCGUCCUAACCAUCUCUGCCCAUAUCGCUGAACAACCAUGUCGUUUGACUUUUUGCUGGACUUCAUUUUCAGCUGCGCAUUUCACACAUUUCCUCCAGGAGCCUCAUGAAUCGAGGGCCGUCCUCUCGCUGGAGGGCUAGUCGGUGUUUCAGCUGGAGGGAAUGCUUCAAAAUCAUGAAACGGGAGAAAACAGAAGCCGACUGAUCAUCACUGAAUUCCAGGUGUUUUGCUUUUCCAGGACAUUCCUCUUCACUGCGUCGUUCUUGUUGUACAAAGCGGUUUAAUGUCGGAGAGAGCUCCCCAUCUAUUAUGUGCACUAACGCAACACUGAUAUUUGAAACACUAUUUCAACGUGUGUUUGUUUGAAAGUUACUUUGUAGCUGAUGAUUAUUGAUGCUGAGAGGGCAGCCGGCAGUUUCUAACCUCCUCUAAACUCUCAGUUCAUUUUAAUGUUGCACAAGCAGGCGCUGAGUCGGGUUACAGGUGUGUAGUUUACAGGUGGCUGUAACGCCACAGUCCUGUUACACUGGGAGGGAGGGGCUGCUCGUCUGCUGGUCCGACUCCAACGCCGUUUGCUGUACAGUAACUGUCUGAGCUGCAUUAAUAAAUUUCAGUUUUUCUCUU